UAGAUAAUCAAAUUUUCGAUCAAAUAGUUUGAAUUGUAACAAGAAUAUGUAGUACGGUACCAAUCAAAAUGACUUUAGAUGAUUUUUCAAUAAAAAACGGCCUCCAACCAAGGCCUUCUUCAAGCAACGGUUUAUGGCUAUUAUUUCUUCUACCUACGGCUAUAAUAACAUCCGCUUUUAAAUAUUCAAUAGCCAUAUCACAAGCUUAUAAAAUAUCAUCGAUUCUCUCUAUUAACAUGACGAUAAUAUCCAUUUCUAUUAUAUACUACAAACAUUAUAAUCGGAAGAUUCGAUUAUCGAAUGUAUGGAACAUUCUAGCUGCCAUAAUCACCGGGAUUCUAUUUCGCGUUUGCCUAAGAAAAAGUUUGGUGUUUUGCUCUUUCGCGAGCGGGUUUUCUACUUUUACUUACGUGGUUUUCUACAAAUUCGUACUGAAGAAAUUCAAAGAAUGCUUCACGUUAGGAGAGGCCGGAGUCGUUAGUCAGGCUUCAGCUCUACUGGUGUUCUUUACCAUAUCUAAUGUUUUGAAUUAUGGCCUGUCAGGCUCUCCGUUUAAAAGUAACAUGCAAAUUUCUACGUUGAUAAUCGAGCUGGGACUCGCAGGAGUGGGAUUAAUAGCAUUCACGUGUUAUUAUUUCAAAAUAACGAACGCUCGAUCGUUCUAUUGCGUAUCGAUUAUCCAGAUUUUUACCGUGAUAAUUGGUCCUUUGCACGUUUUAUUGGAAACCAGUCCUGUAUUGUGGAUCAUUAAUCAGAUGUUCAACGAUCGAUCGACGAUAAAAUUGAUUUUAUACUGGGUGUUUUGUACUUCCAUAGCGGUUCUGGCGGUGUCGAAUCAGAUAUUUUACGCUAGGAAAGCGUCGACUGGCCAUAGAAAAAUUUUCCAUUUUCUGGCCGUUAUCGUUUACGUUCCGGGUUUGAUUUACAGAUGUUCCUUUUUGUAUCUGGCCAGCGGCGUCGUUUUGGGGAUCAUAUUGGCUCUAGAGAUCAUAAGAAAUUUGCGUAUACCGCCUUUGGGCGUCCAUCUUCAGGACGGUUUCGUCGUAUUCAGCGACGAAAAAGAUCGUGAACAAUUAGCAGUGACGCCGAUUUAUUUAUUAACCGGUUGUUCUCUGCCUAUGUGGAUUCAUCCUCACCCGUGCGAUCUCACCGAUUCCGCUACGUUCGAUUUAUUGCCGCUUCUGAGCGGUCUGAUGAGCAUAGGUGUGGGCGAUACGAUGGCUAGUAUCGUCGGAUCGAAUUUCGGGAGAUUUAAAUGGCCCGGUUCUAAGAAAACUAUCGAGGGAACAUUGGCUUGUGUCUUUUCACAAAUAGGACUGGUGUAUUUGUUACUUUAUUUUAAUUUAAUUCAAUCCCUAUCGACUUACGAUAGUGUUAAAUUAUUUGCGGCAAUUGGGAUUACGUCUUUGAUCGAAGCGAAAACUUCCCAAGUGGAUAAUUUGGUUUUGCCUCUUGUUAUGUACAUUAUAUUGAUAAUGUAAUAUAUAUGUUGAAUAAAAAU